CCCACCGUCGCGCGGCCCGUCGCCUUGACGACCGCAACAAGAUGGCGACGCUGGAGGGCGGGCUGUUGAAUUCCGACCCCGGGGCGCUGAGCCCCGCGCAGCUGGAGCAGCUGCGCAAUUUCAAGAUUCAGACUCGGAUUGCCAACGAAAAGUACCUAAGGACCCACAAAGAAGUGGAUUUGCUCAUAAGUGGUUUCUUCAGAGAAAUGUUUUUGCAAAGGCCAGACAACAUCCGAGAAUUUGCUGCAGAGUAUUUCACGGAUCCGAGACUUCCCAACAAGAUUCACAGGCAGCUAAUUAAGGAGAAGAAAGAGGCUUAAUUAGCAAAAUCAUGACGCCCAGCUGUUGAAAGAGACCAGCAAGAAUCCAGCCUGGGGGAUCACCUGGAAGGAAGAGGCCCUGUUGUCAUCAGCGUGGCUUGCGAAGCUGCCUUGGGCAGUGUCUGCUCCCGCAAAGGCUUUUAAAGAUACUGAUUAAAAACAGACCUUCCUGCUC